AUGGUUUCAAUUGAAGUUAUUUCUCGUUCAAAGUCUUUGAAAGGAUUGUCUGCCAGCGAUGAAUUCUCGUUGGAUGCUCCGGUAUCUCUGAUUGUUGAAAAACUCAGUUCUGUUAACAAGAUCUCGGUUAACAGAAUUAGACUCACUUACAAAGAUUCUAAUUCAAAGCAAGUUCCAUUAAACACGGAUAAAUCAUUAUUUGAUAAUGGAUUUUCAUUAAAGGAAAACAUUGCUCUUUAUGCUAAAGAUUUAGGACCUCAAUUAGGUUGGAGAACCGUUUAUAUCAUUGAAUAUUUGGGUCCGUUAUUGAUCCACCCAUUAUUCUAUUAUAUUAUUGAAAAUUAUAAUCAAGAAAACUAUACCCAAACCCAGUAUUUGGCUUUUGUAAUGGCAACUUUACAUUUCUUAAAACGUGAAUACGAAACCAUUUUUAUUCAUAAAUUUUCAAAUGCAACUAUGCCAUUUUUCAAUAUAUUCAAAAAUUCGGGCCAUUAUUGGAUUUUAUCAGGUUUUUUAUUAGCCUUUUUCAUUUUCAAAAAUUCAAUUAAUGACUCUUUUAUUUCAAAAAUCUUAUUUCAAACUAAUGAUUUUCCAUCUUCCAUUAACUAUACCUUAUUUGGUUUAUGGGCUUGGGCUGAAUUAUCAAACUUGAAGUGCCAUUUGACCUUGGCUUCUUUGAGAUCAAAUCCAAGUGAUAAGAAAUACGUUAUUCCUUACGGUUAUGGUUUCAAUUGGUGUUCUGCUCCAAACUACUUUUUUGAAUCGCUUUCUUGGGUGUUUUUCGCCAUUUUAGUUGGUAAUUGGUCAGCUUGGCUUUUCCUUGCUGUUGGUACUAUUCAAAUGUAUAUUUGGGCUAUUCAAAGACACAAGAGAUAUUUAAAACUCUUUGGUGAUGAUUACAAAAAAUUGAAAAGAUCAAUCAUGGUUCCUUUCUUAAUUUAA